AUGUAUUUGGGUUUUGAUUCGAUAUUUUCGUCACCUACACUUAGAUACGCUCCAUCUCAAUCUCCGCCAGCACUUGAGUCAUCGAAUCGUUCCAGACGACAUUUCACCCGCGAUACAGUUAGAAUCUUGGAGCAAUGGCUGGAAGCUUGCUCUGACAAACCGUAUCCCACAAAAGAAGACAAGACUUUCCUGGCCCAAAGGACUGGUCUCGGCGUCGCCCAAGUAUCGACUUGGUUUGCCAAUGCACGACGACGGCGUAAGUAUGGCACAUCAAGGAAGGGAUCUUUGACGUCCCAAUCCAUUGAGUCGUGCAGUGAUUUCCAACUGCCAACCGCCGAGCAAUGGUCUACCAUGAACCCGCUCGAUCGCUGGGAGAACUCGCCUCCGGAAAUCGAGCCUGCGCCGUUGGAAGCCAUCAUGAGCGCUGUGGCGGAUAGUGACAGCAAUAAACUGGCCGAGGAAAACUUUAGGCUUGCAUCUUCCACGGGUAGUGAACGCAGACACUCAGCUUCGGCUGGUAACGACGCCCAGUCGGUAGUGUCUUCGAACCCAUCCUGGUCGGCUCUAUCUAGCAGCUCGAACUCAUCUGCGCACAGCUCCAAUGUUUCUGGGGGAUCGUUCGGUCGCUUUUAUCUCGACGAAACUACACGGCGGCGCCGCCGGCGCCGACAGAAGACGUCCAAAACGGUGAAAACAGAAAAAAGACCUUUCCAGUGCACAUUCUGCACUGACAAAUUCCGUACGAAACAUGACUGGAUGCGGCACGAGAAGACGCUACAUCUGUCGUUAGAGAGUUUUACCUGUGCUCCAUUUGGUCCCGUUUACAGAAACACGACAGAUACUGCUGACCACUGCAUCUUCUGCGACGAACCCAAUCCAACAGAGGCCCAUAUGGAAGGGCACAGGUUCACAGGAUGUCAGAAAAGACCGUCGAAUUUCCGGACGUUUUACCGCAAGGAUCACCUUAUUCAGCAUCUCCGUCUAAUACACGGGGUCACACAUGUGUUGCCGGUUAUAGAGACGUGGAAGUCGCAAAUUCAGCAUAUUAACUCGAGGUGCGGCUUCUGCAGCAAGACAUUUACAUUAUGGUCUGAACGAAAUGAUCAUAUCGCGCAGCAUUUUCGCGAUGGAGCAUUAAUGAAAGACUGGCAAGGGUGCCGCGGACUUGAUGCCCCUGUGGCUCUGGGGGUGGAAAAUGCUAUGCCGCCGUAUCUGAUUGGAAACGAAUCGACAGGAAUGAAUCCAUUUAGUGCAUCUCGAUUAGCGGAUAAUUCUGGCGAUAUGGACUACAGAGACGCAUCCACAAGCUCCAAGCCGACUCUUUUUGAGCACCUUACGGCUCAUUUGGCUGAAUAUGUGCAAAGGAUGAUCAACAUCGGAGAGGCUGUUACCGAUGAGAUGCUGCAAAAGGAAGCGCGCUGUGUUUUAUACUGUGAUGAUGAUCCGUGGAAUCAAACGCCAGCAGACAAUGCCGAGUGGUUGAAAUUAUUCAAGGAAGCGGUUGGUAUGGAGCAGACCGAAUUUUCUGGUGAUUUGAACAGUGAUAAUCCGAGCUUCUUUCUCCCAUGGUCGGCAGAUCAAUGGACACCUUUUAGAUCCAGCCCUGGGAUGGACCUCCUGGACUUGGACAACACAUACAUGCCCUGGCCAUGGCAGAGCCCCGAGUGCCUUGUUCAGAUUCGGCGGAAUAUGCAGCCAAUUUCACCUGAACAAUGUGAACAAGAGGAUAUUUUCGCGGGGUUCGAUUCUUUUCUGUUGGAUAAUGAGUUAUAA